AAAAGAGGAACGUAGUCGACACAAACAUGUUAGCUAGCCUACCCAGCUAGCGGGAUCUAGCCUCUUAUCGUCGUCUACCGCUCACUUUGUAUUUGUUUGUCACUGCAAUGGUCAAACAAUCAAUUUGAGGGAUUUGAUCAUUUGGGUCAAUGCUAUUUGUAACAAAAUAGUAUUCAGCUCCUUUUUUGUUAUGAUGCCUGCACGCCUCAAUGUGUCCGUUGGUGGGUUACCCAGCAACAAAAUCAAGUACUCCAGAUUGGCCGACAGUGAGGAUGGCUACAUUGACUUGCAGUUCAAGAAAAGCCCUCCAAAAGUACCAUACAAGGCCAUCGCCCUGGCAACGUUUCUCUUCCUGAUUGGCUCCUUCCUGAUCAUAAUUGGCUCUCUACUUUUGUCCGGGUCUAUAAAAGUUGAGUACCCUGACCGCACGAUCCCAGUUCUGAUCAUCGGGGUACUCGUCUUCCUGCCUGGGUUCUAUCACCUGCGAAUCGCGUACUACGCCUCCAAGGGUUACCGAGGUUACUCCUAUGAUGACAUCCCGGAUUUUGACGACUGAGCCAAUCAUAAGUCGGUAUGGGUCAGGUCGCCGGCCAAUCAGCCGGUCGUCGGGCGGGUCGAUACGCCUGUUUGCAUGAGACUGUCCUCUGCUGUUUACAGUCAGUUUUUCCUGGUGUGGGAAACUGCAUCACCAAGUGGCUUAACUUGACUAUCUCAUGGUUUUAUUGCUGAGUCAAAACAUGGAACCCUAUAUCUGGUUUUAAAGGUGCACUAUACAGCCCUAUGCUGAUAUUUUCUUUAUUUUCAUGAAAGUAACUGAGAAAUGGCUGCUGUAUCUUGCUGCUACUUUACAUUCUUACCUCAUCAUAAUUAUCCACAAGUGUCAUGAAUAUGAUUAACUCAUAUGGUGGUUAUAAGCUUCAAGGAGCUAUAGUAUAGGAUAAGGAAGAGGUAAAUGUUAGUAUUAUAAUAUGACAUUGUGCUAUCUAUUCAAUGUUAUGACAUUGCAGUAUGCAACGCCUUUCAAGUGUAAAAACACAAGAUGGUUUGCACUCACUUUAUCGGCUUCAUGCAAACCAAGUGCUGGGUUUGGUUUAGCUUUAGAAUAACUAUUUGGUACAGUCCAGAGUGCUACGUCAUACUCCAGAAUUUUAACACAGCAUUCAUUAGAAUGCACACUCAAUCAAUAGUAUUUUGAGUCUGACAGAAUAUAUGGUAGGGUUACAGUAUAUAUUUCCAAAUAUAUUUAUCAAAUGUGCAAUGCUUGUUAUUGACUAGAUUUAUUUUAAGUUAUUGUUCUAGGCCAAUCAUCCUCCAAAGAGUUAUGUGGAGAGUGUAACUAUUAGCAAGAUUUUACAGUAUACAUUUAUGUACAGAAAUAUUAGAUGAUGUGUGCUUUCUUGUAUUUUUUUAUUUUACCUUGAACAAUAAUAAAAAAAUAAAGGUACAAUGGUGUAAGUAAAUUAGCGCGUUUGUUUCAUUAUCUCCAGUCCAAGUACGUCCCCUAGUGGUUUCAACGGGGAACGACAACCCUAAAAAACGGACUCAUCAAAGAUCAAGAUAUUUCUUGAGGACACCCCAAAGUGAUUGAGAAUAAGUCAAAAUGUUGACCCUUGUCAAUGAUUUGGGAACCAACAACAUUUCACACAGAAGUAUGGAAAUAUGAGAGUGGCGGACAGAGGAAUAGAGAAAGAUGAUUGGUCACCCAGGCGUGGAAUUGAGAGGUGCGCGAGCAGGAAGCCUCGAGGCAUCAAGUGCGUCGCGAGCGGUUUUGUUACGACCGUGAAGGAAACCAACGAAGCCUAACGGAGUACGUGUUGAUUCAAAGAGAAACUACAUAGACGUCAAAAUACAAAAGAGCUUCAAUUUACGAUUCACACUCAUUCUAAACUUAAUUUUAAAAUCGAGUGGUCAGAUAAAAAAAAAAAAACUACUCGACUCAGAUAUUGGAUAUUGCAACGGGAGUCUCGCCGUUCAACUUGCAGAGUGGAUGCUCUUUAAAUGGACAGCCCUGCGACUCUUGUUUUGUGAAGUGUGAACAACAGCCGGUAAGAGGAAAAGUGACCACAAUUUA